ACCUUGCGGCAGCUUAGGAUGCACCGUGGCGCGUGAGAAAAUGUAAAUAUAUCGUUACGUACGGAAGAAAGGUUAGUUGUUGUUGUUUACGAUUUUUUCUGGUUUCUAUGGAUUAUGACGCAGUGGCCAAUAAUGUUAUUAUGAACCAGCUCUGCAAGGUGUGCGGGGAGCCUGCGGCCGGCUUUCAUUUCGGGGCUUUUACAUGUGAGGGAUGCAAGUCCUUCUUCGGCAGAACUUACAACAACAUAAGCUCGAUCUCGGAAUGCAAGAACAACGGCCAAUGUGUCAUCAACAAGAAAAACCGCACAGCUUGCAAAGCGUGUCGACUUCGGAAGUGUCUCCUAGUUGGCAUGUCCAAAAGCGGAUCCCGCUACGGCAGGCGAUCGAACUGGUUCAAAAUCCAUUGCUUGCUUCAGGAGCAACAGCAACAGCAGCAACAAGCAGGUUCCAAUAUGGUAGCUGCAGCAAACCUUCUUCGUCCACAUCCAUAUCUGUCCCCACUCUUCAGGAACCCGGGCAUAACAACUCAGCACACUCCUCGAGACACCAGCCGCUCUUCGGAAUCAGACAGUGGAGCGUCUUCCGCUGACCCUGAAGAUGACCUUCGCUCGAAUAGCGCCUUAAGCUUCUUAAAAUCAUCAGCAUCACCUACAAGUGACCGCGAAUUCUAUGCCACAAAAAAACUGCCUUCCCCUUCGAGUGACUCUGAGUUUUUCGCGCGGAAAAAAAUCGUCAGUAGUGCCUUAAACAACAUUCCACCCGUUUCUCCUGCGUCGCUUCCUUCAGUUUCUCCCAGUGAAGUAGUUCCUAAGUGGCUGCCUCCUCUACAAGGUUUGGGGGAUCCGUCUGCGUGGAAAGACCUAUGGCGGGCUCCACCUCCAGUGGCAGCCCCAGCACCUGACCAAGAUCAACCGAUAGAUCUCUCUGUGAAAACGCAAAGUGCUGUAGGGCCAUUGUCUGAUCAAUCUGAAGAGAGCGAUCAAGAACUGAAUAUCGAUGUGGGUAUAGAUGAGCCUUUAAAAUCCAUGCCACUAGAUUUGACUUUAGAUAGACAGGUAACGGAUGUUACUAAUUGACCAUGUGUGAUUGUACAAUCAAUUAUGAAGCAAAAGUUAGCAGACAAAU